CUCCACUGAUCCCUUUCCGUCUUCCCCUCAAAAAAUCAUCAGGGAAGCGAGAAACGAAAUCAUAGAAGCCCUCUAAGUCUCAUCGCCAUCGCAAAGAGAGACUCAGAUAGCAAGUACAAAGAAGCAAAGAUGACGGAGGCAAUGAUAAGGAACAAGCCAGGGAUGGCCAGCGUCAAGGACAUGCCGAUCUUGCAGGACGGCCCGCCUCCGGGAGGAUUCGCUCCGGUUCGAUACGCCCGGCGGAUCCCCAAUAAAGGGCCCAGUGCCAUUGCUAUCUUCCUCGCUGCCUUUGGUGCAUUCUCUUAUGGCAUGUACCAGGUCGGCCAGGGCAAUAAGAUCCGCAGGGCGCUUAAGGAGGAGAAGUAUGCUGCCCGUAGGGCAAUACUCCCCGUGCUUCAAGCUGAAGAAGAUGAAAGAUUUGUGAAAGAGUGGAAGAAGUAUCUUGACUACGAGGCAGAAGUGAUGAAGGAUGUGCCUGGUUGGAAGGUUGGUGAAAGUGUGUACAAUUCAGGGAAAUGGAUGCCUCCAGCAACUGGCGAGCUCCGUCCAGAUGUCUGGUGAUAUUUGUUUUUGUUUUCUUUUUUUUUUUUUUUGUUUCCCCUCAGCGGUGCAUAUUUUACUGUUGUCAUGACCUCGUCCGGCGUAUGGCAUGUGAAAUUUCUUUAGUUACUUGGGUCUUGCUCUCUUGCCAGGAAAAUAAAAUGUAGUUGGAUGCCUUCUUACAUUAAGAAUACUGCCAAUACUUUAUUGUCUUUCAUAGCAGAAUAACAUGUAAGACAAUAUACUUCUAGUCA